AUGAUCGGAAUCCCAUCUGGGCGCGAUACGGAAGAGCUUCCUUCCGCUGCCGAGUUCGCCCAGGAUCUCGACUAUGACCUCGACUUCCAGGAGGACGAUUUCUUUACCUGGAUGCAGGAGCAAGUGGAGGACACUGAUGCUACCUGGACCACUACAGACCUAUUUCUGCCCACCUCUCCCUCAGAGACCCGCAGUCUCCAAGCCUCAGCCACCGAUGUAGUUGGUGAGCCCUCUACGAGCACCACACCCAUGGGCCAAUUACAAACUCCGGCAGCCAGUGUACCGCCAAAAUCUGGUCGUCGCUUUUCUACUCGGGUGGCAAAGAUACUGAGGAACUGGUUCGCAGCCCAUCAACAAUAUCCCUAUGCCACCGCUGAAGAUCUCGAGAUGCUCCAGGACCAAACGGGUCUCAGCCGGCAGCAAGUAACCAACUGGCUCGUAAACGCCAGAAGGCGCUCUAAGCCGCCUUCUUCCCGGAUUCAAGCCUCAUAUAUCCGUGAUGCUACUCAAUCAACAUCAACCGGACCUAAUACCAUCAAUAUCCCCCGACGACCCCCGACGCCUAUGCCUUGUGAAGAAAUGAGCCCCCUUCAGCGCUGGCAACACUCGCCACCCGAAUGCGAACCCGCUACUGUCGCCAGCAUCUCUCGUGCCGUGGCUGCCUCGCCUAAACUUGGGCCCUUCUCGCCAAUAUCCGGCAGAUCUUCAGAUAACGCCUCGUCGGUCAGUAGCGCGGGCAACUCCCAUUCAAGUCGCGGAUCUGGGUCUCACACCUCGGCCCAUUCCUACAGCUCCGGAAGCUCGCUUAGGAUCCUGGCGCGACAUGCUGGUCGGAGAAGACGGCGAAGGGCGCCCAAGCGACAAGGCUACCCCCGGCCAAGUCUGUUCCACACGUACCACACGUACCAGUGUACAUUUUGUCCAGAGACGUUCAAAACAAAGCAUAACUGGACUCGGCAUGAAAAGUCACUGCAUCUCUCGCUCGAGAGAUGGGUUUGCUCUCCAAACGGGGCUACUGCCAUGCACCCCGAGCAAGGCAUAUCGUGUAUCUACUGCAGACAGGCCGACCCGAACGAGCCGCACCUGAAUGCGCGCUUGGUACAUGGUACCAAGUACAUGGAGUGGCCGAUGGACUCAUGGAAAACCGACAACGCCGAGAUCAGAUCUCGAUGCGGCUUCUGCGGAGAGGCUCUAUCGUCCUGGGCCAUACGAGUCGACCAUCUCGCCGACCACUUUAAGAGUGAAAGCACAAUGGCGGAUUGGAAGGGCGAUUGGGGAUUUGACCAUGACGUGAAUGAAAUGAUCGAGAAUGCUAUACCACCUUACCUCAUUCAUUACGAGCAAACCUCGCCACUUCCCUUCUCUGUCACGCAAGGACCGGCCGGCACACCUACUAGUGCAUAUGAGCUCAUCAAACUAGAGCUCGAGUGUUAUAUGUAUGGCUACCUAGACGCACAUGGGCGUUUGCCUUCGGAUCACGAACUCCAGUGCGAGGGAUGUUCCAUUAUUUUCGGUGCAAAAGUCGCCUCUGGCCAUCCUGUCCCGCCAGCACCGUCAUGGCUUCGAGACAUCUUCACCAGUUCAACCGAGAUUGUUCAACAGGCCCGGUUGCGCCCCAUGGAGCAGGUCGCCAAGUCACGCAUGAGCCAACUCAAAAUCAAUGGCAAGAGUGACAUCUUUGAGGGUUGCGAGCUAGAGUCUCAACUAUGCCGACUAGUUGCGAUUCAUAACAUGAUAGGCCUUCCGAUGACAGACUAUGAAUUGCAGAAGGAGGCGGCUAAUCUUCUUGAUCGUAUCGAAUCUGACUCGCCCAACUCGUCUCAACUUUUCACCGGAUUCUUGACGAGGCUCGUUUGGAUGUCAAACAAGUGGCUUGCCCCCUUGCGUGAUCGAGGACGACAAUUCCCAGCCGAGAGCAUAGCAGAUGAGAAUAAUUCUCAGCCAGACUUGGCCACCGUCCAUUCACCCAACAGGCCGGCCAAUUCUGAGCUCGCUUCUGGGCAGCUGCAAGGGGGGUUGGCUGAUCUGCUACAGCCUUCGGACUAUUCCGGGACCCCUGUUCCAUCUACAAAGGCGUCAGGUGUAUCUCCCUCGCCGCUGCUGAGGCCAAAACAUGGCAAGGGCAUUGGCAACGCCUCAACUACUCAUCGUGCGAGACCGCUCUCUACAACCCAAAACUCUUUCCAUGGUAAUACCCCAUUCAGUUGGACGCUCUUCAACAACGAUAGCAACAGCUACAGGCGUCUUGCGAGAGGUCUGUCACGAUUUGUCAUGACCACCAUGUCGUCUAACAACCCUAGCAGCCAUGUACCAACUGAUGAGGAGCUGAAAUAUCAGGCACGUUGGAUUUGGUAUGGCGACGAUGACCCAUGGAACCAAACUCCUGCUGACAAUGCCGAAUGGCUCCGUGACUUUAAACGUGACUGUGGCCUCAUCGCCGAUGAUGGGCGGGACGUUGAGAGAUAG